UCUCUCGUCCGGACUUUCUAAGCAGCAGCCUCCGGAAACACAACUCCUCCCAGUAACCAAAGAAACGAAAGGCAUGCACACCUGAAGAAGGCACUCGCGCGCCGACCACCGACACCGACGGACCUCAGUAGUAGUGCGGCGGGUGCAGUUUAUUCUUGCCGACAUCUCCGUCCGCACACUUGUUGCGCCGCACACAAGGAACUUCGCCAUCGAGCGCGCAACUCCGUCCUCUGCUUCCGCACCAGGAACAGCAAAGUUAAACAAAAAUGAUGCGCUUUUGCGCACUCGCGCUAUUGGUAGCAGCGGCCUUCGCUGACAAGUCCGAAUGGAGCCAACCGAUUAAAGAAGCCGACAGCCGGACAGACUGGAUUCCCGUCCCAAGGCCGCGAGACCUCGACGUUGCAGCCCAAGAACAAGUCUCCACAAUUUUGAGGCCGCCCUCUGAGCAGUCCUUCCUCUUCCAGCAAGGCCCUCGUCAAAUCAGGACUAAUUUCAAUGGUUUUCCCAGAGACCAGCAAACGCCCUUCAGGUUUCCUGGCCAGCCGCCUGCCUUGAACGGGCCGCCUCCGAGGUUCAUUCCGAACCUGAGGAACGCUCCUCCUCCACCCUUCCUGCAACAGGGCCCUCCUCAGUUCAUCAACCAGCCACAAAUUCAAGUUCCUGCCAAACCUCAGAGCCAGAAUGCUUCCGACGAAGAAGUCCAAUUGGUUUAUGUGCCAGUCAACGCACUGCCACCCUUCCAAGGACAGUCCAACAUCGUCCCUAUUCAACAACGACCUCCUCAGGAUUUCCAAGCGCAGUUUAAUAGAAACCCGUCUCCCCCACCUUUUGCCAACCAGCAACAGCAGUUUGAGCAGCAGUCGAGGAUUGCGGCCCAGAAAGACCAAGAGGAACGCAAAAGAAUUCAGGACGAGGAUUUCAAGAGGCGCGAGGAGCAGGAAAAGAAAAUUAGACAAGAAUUGGAUCAAAAGAAAAUCCAGCAGCAACAGCAAAGACAACAAGCCCCUCAAAAUUUGCAGUCGCAGGAAAAUCUUUUCCAGCAGCGAUUCCCUCAACCGGCCGAGCUGCCCAAAAACCAGCCAACACCCCACCAGCCUCCUUUGGCCGUCUACUUGACCGGAGGUCGUCCCGCUGCCACCUCUCGUCUGACUGUGGAAGAUGUGCUUGAAACACUCAAGGACGCUACUUCCAUCCCCGUUUUGGAUCAAUUGCCGGACAAUCUGUCUGCACCACCUCAAAUAUUUGUUGGUCCCGCUGAGAUGCCACCUCCUGAAGGCUACGCUAAAUUUAAUCUGCCCUACUUGAAUUCCUUGGACACCAACAGGGUGGAGCGAAAGGUCGAGCAGUUCCCGUUCUUCGUGGCUCCCUUGAGUUACAGCCCUCCUCAGGGUUACAACAAGAUUCCCUUCCCGGCUCCUCACGUUGGAUCUGUUGUUUUCGGACCGGCAGCCAGACACUUUGAAAGCGCCCCUCCCGCUCCUGUCCAGGAGCCGCAGCAGUUUGGAGGACAGGAAAUCAGCCCUGCCAUUCCUCUUUUGGUGAAUUCCUUGCAGUCAGAAAGAAAGCGGCCACAGGCGCCUCCUCAGCAGCAACAGCAGGUCGCUCCAGUUGCUCCUCCUCAACCACCACCGAUCUUCAACACACCCUUGAGGCACCAACCUCCUCCCCAGAGGAUUCAACCCCAACCCCAGCCGCAAUUCAUUUAUCAAGAUGAGCAGUCAUUUGCCCCUCAGCCACAGCCGCAACAAAUUUUCCCUGCCCAGCAGCAAUUGUUCUCACCCCCACCCCCUCAGCAGAAUUUCAACAGGCAGCACCACCGUCAGCAACAGCACCACCGCCCUGCGCAGCAGCACCAGCCUCAGCAGCAUGUCGAGCAAUUCAUUCACCAAACGGUGACGCCCGCUGACCAAGUUCAGCCGCAGCAGCAUCACUUCUUUGAGCAGGAUGCCCAGGAAAUUCCUCAGAGACAGCAAUUCACUCCUCAGCCUCAGGUGGUACCCCAGAGACAGCAUCAUUUUACUCCCCAGCCUCAAUUCAUCCAAAACCAGCAAUUCCAAUUCGCACAGGAAGAAGAGGAACCUGCCGUGGUCACUGAGCAGCAGGUGAUAAACGAGGUUGAAACCACCACUACCACGACUACAACCACCGAGGCACCACAGACCACCAGACACGUUCCAAGGGUCAGAAAUCACCAGCGUGUCACACCGGUUCCCGCAGUGAGGGAGGAAAAUGUUGAGAGAAGGCCCGUGAACCGCGGCAGGAGGCCAGUGGCUCGCCAACGCACCACGACCACCACUCCUGAGCCGGAGGUUGUCGAACAGGUUGAGGUCGAGGAGCAGCCCGAGUUGCAGCGCACCCCCGCUCAAGCUCUUCCGCUUCAAACAGAGGCACCAACACCAAAUUAUCCUCAGCCGACCCAAAUUUCCACUUUCAAUGACUUCCAAAAUUUCGCUCAAAUUCCAGCUCGCCAGCAGAAUUUUGACGCUCGGCCGCAGUUCCCGACAUACCAGUUUGAAAACGCCUUCCGCACGCAGCCAGCUCAACCCCCUGCCUAUGUAGAACAAAACGCAGUCUUCCCCGAAGAGCCCGUGGUCGAGGCCUCCCCGAGUCCUUUGGACUACCAAUCCGCUUCUCCUCAGGUGCCAGUGAGACAAUUUUCAUCCACUCCAUUCGCUCCUACUGCGCUGCCGGAGUACUACACACAGUUCACCACCACCACUUUGGCUCCUGAAAUCGAAACCACCACCAAGGAAGUUGUAACCGAGGCCCCGAGCACGACAGUCGAGCCCCAGAGAACUCGCCAAAGGGUUGUUGUGCCUGCCAAUACAGUCGCUGCCGACAGGCCCAGAGGUCGUGUCAGACAAAGAGUCCGUGUGACCCCAUCAGAAGAAGGCGAAACUGAAAAUGUUCCUCAAAAUAACUCGCAGCGCACCAGGCACCGCCAGCUGGUUCGCGUCCGCACCACCACCGAAGCCCCUGAAGGCGCCGAAGUCGAAAGGGAAGCGCCCCGCACCAGCCGAUUCAGAAACAACGACAGAACCCGCGCCAGACAACAGGUGGUCAGGGGGCAGCAGGAGGACCUCGAGUUGGCGAAACCGGUCAGGCAGGGCCAGUCCAACAGGGUUGCCAACGAGUCACCCGUUUUCGUACCUGAAAACGAGGAAGCGACAACCGUGAAGCAGGACCCAACCACCACCGUGGCCCCCGCCCGCAGGUUCAAAAACUUCGGCGUGGCUCAACGGAGGCGAGUGAAACCUGCCGUCACUCAGGAGGCCGAGAGCACCCCUACCAACCCUCCUCCUGCCGCCCGUGGCUCGGCUUUGAGGUCAUCCAGGAGGCAGCAAACCCCUUCCUCGCCUCUGGACCGACCUGGCCGCCUUCUCCGCAAGCCCGUCAAGACGGAAGAGGAGCCGCAGUUGGACACAGGAGUGACCUACGCAAAAAUCGUGGAAGCCCCUGUUGAAGAAGUUGCCAAGGAGGAAGUGGUGGAGGAGGCUCCAGUUCCGCAAAGGGUACGCGUCUCCGCCAGCAGACCCAGACAAAACUACCCUGAAAAUUUCAGAGAGGACGAGCCUUACAGACCAAGACAGAGAGUGGCGCAGAGAAAUAGGUUCUACCCUGAGGAGGACUCCGAGUUCAGGGUCGAGGAGAGUCAGCGGUCGGAGCAGAUCAGCGUGCAGCAGCUCGACGACUCCGUCAACCUUCUGAAGGAAUAUUACCAAAAAUACAACGACGAACACCCUGUGGAGGAAAUUAGCUUCACCGAGGAGCCGUACAGCACCGACGCCCCUACCACCGACGAAAUCUUUUCCCAACAGGAGGAGCAGGAAGGCACGACAGACGCCGUGCCCACGACCAUCGUCGAUGAAGUCCCCGAGCCCACGGUAUCUUCGACGGAGCAGCCCAAAUUUUCCGCCAAAAUUAAGGUAAAUAGCGUGAAAAGAAGGAUCCGUCUGAAGAAGAGGCCUCUGGCCGAAGUGUUCGACGCGGCCGAAUCGCAAAACAUCGCCGCCGCCAAUUUGAAUAAGAAUUUGGAAAAAGAUGAGGAAACUUCCAAACUGUCCAGUUUGGAAGAGAAGCAAGAGGUUGUUCUGCGUACGACGAGUACAACCACUCCGGAGCCGGUGACCUCCGAAGUGUCUGCCGAGAGCACGUCUUUUGCUCCCGAGGAGGAAGUGACCACCUUGGACAGCACGACGAUGAUGGACGAAGAGGCGACCACGACCGAGUCUUACAUUCCAUCAGGCAGAAUCAUCGGCACUUCGACCACCACGGAGAUUUCUCUUGAGACGGAGAUUUGCUACAAGGGCAGGUGCAUCAAGACCAAAGGCGACACCGACCAGGUCGUCGAUGAGUGACUCGAUUAUCCUAGAGAGUGAAAAAAAUUAAUAUUUAAAAAAAAAAGAAAUAAUUUUUUUUAAUAAAAAUAUACAGGCCAUU